AUGAUACACGACAAUACUGAACAAUCACCUUGUAUAGUCACCGCAGCCUCCUUGCCAUAUAAACACGCUACAAUCAAAUUCGAUGACCUUCUCCUCUUCAACGAGACAAGUCACAGCGUAUAUCGCAAGAUGAAUUCCAGCAUCCCACUCUACUUUGGCAAGCCAAGCCCAGCCAUAGAUGCCGCAUGGGCUGAGCUCCUCCAAUACGAAUAUCCCGCCAUCACAUCAGAGGAAAUGGCCUUGAAUCCUUUUCUGUCCUAUAAUGCGGAUAAAGAUAAACAUCCUGUCACGGGCAGAUAUCACUUUGCGCUUGACGUCUUCCACAACUUGCACUGUCUUAACGCGGUCAGGAAAGAACUCGACAAGGACUACUAUGGUGCACAUGACCACGGCCAUGUUGGCCGACAGGCACAGUAUCAGCAGCACCAUAACCCAUUGGAUGCAGCUCAAAGAGAUCACAUUGACCAUUGCAUGAACCACAUCAGACAAAGCUUGCAAUGUCGGCCGGAUCUUAGCGCUGCGGCAAUGCAUGUAUUCGAAGACUUGGAAGGCUCCAAGUACUUCCUUGGUAAUGCUGAACAGCACACGUGUUAUGACUGGGAGAGCAUAAUGCGGUGGGCUGCUGGCAGAGAAUUCGAUCCAGGAUACACAACUCCUGUCGGUUGA